GAUUGCGAUUUUCUGAGUACUUGUGUUGUUUCAGCGUCUGGAUGGAAAUGGCCGAUAUAAAACCGAAAAAAAUAUACCGCCACGUCUUGAAAGGAUUACAGUUUUAUCAUUUGGUUGAUAGAAGUGGAUGCACAUUAAAUGAGCUAGUUUCGUACGUGUUUUUGAAAAACGGGCGUAUUUACUCCCCUUCAUCCGUUCAAAAAUGGGUGACAGAGGUGUUAGAAUCCUUUGAAUCGACCAAUCUUAUCCAGAGUGAUCCGUGGGGCAACUAUCAGUUACACGACGUGUUACUGCAGGGACCUUUUGAUUCCGAAGAGAACUACAACUUGAAUCCGGAGAAUAAUCGUCAAAAUGCUAGUCAACAGAAUUCCGAUGAAUCUCUGUCCGUUGUCCCACACUAUCGAAGCGUCCUGCAGCGUAAAGGUACCGACGUUGAUCUUCCGAAAACUAUUAAACAUGCCACGAACAGGCACGAAUCGUCCGAUAGUUCCUCCGCAUUCGAGGAAGCAUUGGAUGACAACGUGUCCCUAGAUCCAAACGAAGAAGCAGAUCAAUGCCCAUCCCAAGUACAACAUCCAAGUGAUCGGAUCGAAAAAUCCACCUCUUCAUCACCAGCGGACGUCGAAGGUUAA